AUGGACGACUUAACACAAAGCAUGGUUUCUCAGGCAUUAGAUAUGAAAGCCAAUAUCGACACAAGCGCGCUUACCGGGAAGUCCUUCGAACCAACACGCAGAGAGGAUGAUAAGGAACCAUACCACUUCCACGUCUACUCGCAUAAGCACAACACGCACAUCACUUGCACAAAACCGAAUCGAGAGCCCAUUAUCUCCAUGUCUUGUGGUAACAUUGGCUAUCGCAAAGCUCGUCGCGGAACUUUCGACUCGGCGUAUUCGUUAACGAAAUAUGUCCUCGAGCGUCUCAUCCAUACUAACUGGCCAAGGGAGAUUAACAGACUGGAAUUAGUUUUACGAGGAUUCGGGCCGGGCCGAGAGGCUGCUGUUAAGGUGUUGAUGAGUCCCGAAGGCAAAAUUUUCCGAGACAAAAUUGUCCGUGUCGCGGAUUCGACCCGUAUCAAGUUUGGUGGCACAAGGAGCGAAAAACCGAGACGACUGUAA